AUUUCUGCGUUUUCAAACAGGCUCGGUCAAUGAUGCCUCCUACUCCCCGCACCAACGCUAGCUCAUCCUCCUCCCCUUAUCCUCCGUCCCGCCCCAACUCUGCAAAGCCCGCCAUUUCUUCAAAUGGUAACUCCAGUACGGCAAAUUCGUCACUGAUACUCCGCAAGCAGCUUAUGGAGCUCCAGAAGCAUCCCGUGGACGGAUUCUCUGCUGGUCUUGUGGACGAUGAUAACAUGCUGGAGUGGGAUAUCGUCAUUAUGGGUCCUGUGGAUACUUUAUGGGAAGGCGCCAUUCUCAAAGCUCGACUCAUUUUCCCUCCUGAGUACCCUUUAUUACCCCCAAAGAUGAUCUUCGAUUCUGAAAUGUGGCAUCCUAAUAUAUACAACAAGGGCGAUAAGAAGGGAGAAGUCUGUGUUUCUAUCUUGCACCAGCCAGGUGAAGAUGAAUGGGGGUUCGAAGAUGCAGGAGAAAGAUGGUUACCCGUCCACACGGUUGAAUCUGUCUUGAUUUCCGUCAUCUCCCUUCUCUCUCAAGACGUCCCAGACCUCUCUUCCCCCGCCAACGUCGAUGCGGCCAAGGAGGUUAGGGAAGAUUAUCCCUCAUACAAGAAGAAGGUUAAGCGGUUGGCAAGGAGAAGUGCUGAGGAGGCUUAUGAUUGAUGCUGUUACAUGUCUAGAAUGGGAAAGUUGGCAAUGACCCAUGGUGGAAUCCAUUGGUUGAAUCCAUGUGUGUAGAAGGGAGAGAAAGACGAGGAUCGUAAUAUAACAUGUUUGUCGUACUAUAUAGCUCGGACCUUUUUGUGCUCCUGCCUUCUGGUUCUCCAUCUUCCCAUUGCCAUCGCCUUUUGCAUAAUUAUUCACUACUUCGCUUUUCAGUUUCGAAGCCCAGAAUUUCGAUCACAUUUCAUUAUUUUCACUGUACCUAUGCUCCAAUUUCCGUCGGAAUUAUGUAUGCGCAUUUACGAU